CUUCUUUGGUGAAACCUCGACAUUUUGUGAAUCAUUAUCCUUUCGUUUUCAUCUUUCCUGAUUAUACUUAUCCACGCAUAGCGACUGGACUGGCUUCAUAAUACCGUAUGUCCAAAGCCUAGACAAGGACCGAUAGCUACAUGUUCAAGCAGUAUGGGAAAACGACUGGAAGACGCUUCGUGUGCCAUCUGUAUCGAUUCGCUCUUCAAUAAACGCGAUGACCUCGACGAUAUCAUUCCUAUCGCCACUUGCGAAUGUGGUCAUGUGUUUCACGAGCCAUGUCUUUUAGAAUGGUUCAAAACUCAAUCACAAGCUUACCUCGCCGCUGCUCGUGAAGCAGGAGUUCCUGGUAGACAUGGUUCUCCUACGCUCUCAGACGCUCCCGUGGAAUGCCCUUCUUGUCGAGCAGAAUGUUUUGCCGACCCCGAAACUGGUAAUCCCAUUAUACACCGAUUAUAUAUUACGUUCGAUGGGCGAUCAAGUAGUGUUCAGCCGGCAUCGUCCCCAUUGAGAAGAGACAUUGAUCGACAGGCGAAACGGAGGGAAGAAGAGGCGCUGAGUCUUGCUAAGAGAGCAAAAAUGUUAACGGAGGAGGUAGCUGGAUUAGGAGCAGAGAGUAAGGAGGAGGAAAUGGAGGGGAUGAUCAAGAGGACCGAAGGGUUGGUAAAGGAUUUAGAGCUUUCUGCGAAAGCGGCCAGUGGUAUCAAGACAUACGUGGGUGGUCUGAUUGUAGCGGUUAACAAGCUUCGUUCGGCUCUCGAAGAUCACCCCGUCAUUCACGCGCUUCAAGGCAGAAUCUUUCAGCUGGAGUCCUCCCUUAAGGAGACAAACGCAGAAAUGAAAACCAUCAUCCCGAAUGAGAUACGAAAAGCGAAAGAAGCUGAGCAAGCCAAGGCUGAUAAGAAGAUUAAAAGAAUCAUGGAUGAGUUGGAGGUGAUACAGAGAGAGCUUGAGAAGGAAAAGGUAGCUAGAAGAGCGGGGAAAAAAGAAAUGGACGAGAGGGCGAAGGAAAAUGAGAAGAAAAUUAUGAUUCUUGAGAGCCAACUGAGAAGGGAAGCGAAGGAAAAGGAAGAUUUGCAAGCUACUUUACGUGAACGUACAAAGAUGCUCAAAAUGUAUCAAUCUAAAGCCGACUCUCGGAAAGAGCUCAAAGCGAAAGUCCAAAAGCUGGAAGCCGAGAAUGCUCGUCUCCAAGCAGAUCUCAAAGCCUCUACCAACGCUCCACAACGAUCACGCAAAAUCUCUGACCGAUCUUCAUCCCCCGAGGUUUUCGAUUAUCAACAGUUGAACAAGUCGGCUAGCCCCCAACGUGACAUCAUGUACGGCGAAAUCCCUGGUGAGGAUGACGAUCCAAUUAUCCAAGAGAUUCCUCCUCUCGACCUUGAUCUUACCCUUCCCUAUGCCCGUUCGCGCACUUCGCGAGCCCAGCUGAUCCCCCCGACAUCCGCUGACGAGUCUUCCCUUCUUAUCGAUAUGCCCUCCUUCCAUGACGACUCUUUACGCCACGUAACUGGCCUUCCAGCAAGUCCGAAACGGUCCCGAUCAGGAAAAGAGUUGGAUACGAGGCAGCACCCAACGGCAAGGACGAUAUCCUUUGAUCUGGAUGAAGGACUAAAGAGGAGGAAAGCUAGUAAGAGCAAGUAUUUCCCUGUGAGCCAUAGCUCAGAGUUUGGGAGUGGAGGGGUUGUGAAGGAGCAAGGAAUGGAAAAAGAAAAAGCGAGGGAAAAGGAAGGAGGGAAGGAGAGUCGGCCGCGAAAGAGGGAUAGGAAAGGAGGUGACCUAUUUGCCUCGGAUGCUGAAGAGUCUGAGAGCGAUGACGAACCAGUGCCUGUUCCUCAACCACGGCAGAACAAGAUUAACCCCUUUGCCACUUCCAAACAAUCCACAUCUUCUCGCGCCAGGUUACCAACCACAUCGGCCAUCCCCAUACCCGAUUCCUCCCUUCAGCGGGCAAAAUUUUGCCCCGACAAUGAGCCGGACUAUCAACUAGAACCAGAAGUAAAUCAUGAUGGGCAGAGUCCACGGGGAUGCAUGGUGGUCGAGCCGAAACGGGUGCCGUUACGUACAAAGGAGAAGGAACAAGUUAAGGAUGCGAGCAAGAUCGGCGAUAAGGGAAAGGGGAAAGAGAUGAUGAGCACCGGGGCGCUGGGGAAGCAAAAGGGUUCGGAACAGAAGAGUGUGGUUGAUUGGUUAGGCAUACGGGAUCCGAAUGGGCGGCCAAAGGCAGGGACGAAUUUGAUGCUGGGGAGGCAGAUCAAGAAGAGAUUAUAAAAUGGGGAGCUUAGGGAAAAGAAGAUUGAUUUGUUGUAAGAUACACAGGUUAUAUUUGUAAACUUACUCUCGAGUGAUUCUCAACAGCAUGUACACGUG